AUGAUUUCCUCUGUUGCGGGCUUGCUGGUCCUCUCUGCUCUGGUUACAGCCCAUGGAGAGCAGAGCCAGUCUCAACUCGCUGGUCCGCACCAAGGACUCUGGUACAACACUCUCCCAGGAGAUGGUGGAACGCAAGCCGACUCCGUAUUCUCCGGAAUCUCGACUUUCGGCCGCCUACCCUACCACCCAUGCCUGGCCAGUGAUUCCGAGAAAUACGAUAUCGCGUUCCUAGGUGCCCCCUUCGACACCGGAACCUCUUACAGACCUGGCGCGCGGUUCGGGCCCAGCGGUAUCAGACAAGGUUCUCGCCGCCUCAAUCUCUAUGGUGGCUACAAUGUUCCCUUGCAAGCGAACCCGUUUACAAGCGAUAUGCGGAUUUUAGAUUGUGGCGAUGUACCUGUUACCUCAUACGACAACGCCUGGGCAAUUAAACAAAUCGAAGAAGGACACAAUAGUAUCCUGAUGCGCAAGCCGUACACUGACGCGGAUAAACCGGGUCUUUCGCGUGCUGGAAAGACCCUUCCUCGUGUCAUUACCCUUGGUGGUGACCAUACCAUCACACUGCCCCUGCUGCGGAGUAUUAAUAAGGCUUAUGGGCCUGUGACGGUUAUUCAUUUCGACAGUCAUUUGGACUCGUGGAAACCAAAGGUCUUUGGUGGCUCGCCUAGUCAGGUUGCUGCUAUUAACCACGGUACAUACUUUUACCAUGCGGCUAUGGAGGGCUUGUUGAAGAAUGAUACGAAUAUCCAUGCUGGUAUUCGGACGACGUUGUCCGGUCCUUCGGAUUAUGAGAAUGAUGGGUAUUGCGGGUUUGAGAUUGUUGAGGCGAGGGAGAUUGAUGUUAUUGGAACGGAUGGUAUUAUCAAGAAGAUUCGCGACCGUGUUGGGACUGAUAACCCGGUUUAUCUUUCUAUUGAUAUUGAUACUCUGGACCCUGCUUUUGCGCCGGCUACUGGCACACCAGAGACUGGUGGUUGGUCUACGCGCGAGCUGCGGACGAUCAUUCGUGGCCUUGAUGGGCUGAACUUUAUUGGUGCGGAUAUCGUUGAGGUCGCACCGGCUUAUGAUACCAAUGCAGAGUUGUCGACGAUGGCUGCUGCUGAUGUACUAUAUGAAGUCCUCACUAUUAUGGUCAAGAAAGGCCCGCUGUCUGUUGGUGAGUCGUCUCAUGAGCUGUAG